UGUGGUGGCCGAGGGCCGCGCGGCCUCAACAUGGGCGAGCAUGGCCUGGAGCUGGCGUCCAUGAUUCCCGCCCUGCGGGAGCUGGGCAGUGCCACUCCAGAGGAGUAUAAUACAGUGGUGCAGAAGCCAAGACAAAUCCUUUGUCAAUUCAUCGACCGAAUACUUACAGAUGUAAAUGUUGUUGCCCUAGAACUCAUAAAGAAGACAGACUCUCAGCCCACCUCUGUGAUGCUGCUUGAUUUCAUCCAGCAUAUCAUGAAGUCCUCCCCGCUUAUGUUUGUCAAUGUGGAUGGAGGCCAGGACCAAAGCGAGGCCAAAGGCAGCUGUGUUGAAUUCAGUAACUGGAUCAUCACAAGACUUUUACGGAUUACAGCAGCUCCAUCCUGUCACGUCUUACACAAGAAAAUUAGUGAAGUUAUCUGCUCGCUCUUAUUUCUUUUUAAAAGCAAGAAUCCUACAAUUUUCGGGGUCCUCACAAAAGAAUUAUUACUUGUUUUCGAAGAUUUUAUUCACCUCCACCAAAGAAAUGCGGCUGGAGAUAUAAAAGAGUGGCCAGUGGUCAUCUAUAGAUUUUUUAGCCAGUUAGAUGAACACAUGGGUUAUUUACAAGCAGCUCCGUUGCAGCUCAUGAGCAUGCAAAAUUUAGAAUUUAUUGAAGUCACUCUAUUAAUGGUUCUCAUUCGCAUUGUUGCAAAUGUGUUUUUUAGACGGCAAGAACUCUUACUUUGGCGCAUAGGGUGUGUUCUCCUGGAGUACGGUAGUCCAAAAGUGAAGUCCUUAGCAAUCACCCUUUUAACUGAACUCUUUGAGCUCGGAGGACUACCUAUCCAGCCAGCCAGCAUGUUUUUUAAGUCACUUUUGGAAUUAUUAAAAGACCUUGCAGAAAUGGACACUGACCAAUUGCAACUGUACGAAGAGCCACUGUCAAAGCUGAUCAAAACACUAUUCCCCUUUGAAGCAGACGCAUAUGGAAAUAUUGAGCCAGUCUAUUUAAAUAUGCUGCUGGAGAAACUCUGCGUCAUGUUUGAGAGUGGCGUGCUUAUGCGGCUCAAGUCCGAUCUGCUAAAGGGGGCCCUGUGUCAUUUACUGCAGUAUUUCCUGACCUUUGUGCCUGCUGGGUAUGAAUCGGCUCUCCAAGUCAGGAAGGCCUACGUGAGGAACAUCUGCAGAGCUCUCAUGGACAUUCUCGGGACUCAAGUAGAUGAAGAGUACUUGUUGGGUCCACUUUAUGCUGCCCUGAAAAUGGAGAGUGCGGAGGCGAUUCCAUGCUGGACUAAACAGGAAGAUGGCAGCAGCACCAGUGAUGAGAUCUCUCCCAAAAGGCGCAGGCACAGUUCCUCCAUCUCAUCCCAAAGAGAAUCAGAGCAAUCCAAAGACCUGGAUCACAUGGAUAUGAGUGAAAAAAGCCUGCUCUGGAGUACACUGAAACACAAAGCUGAGGCUCUUCAGGCUUCCCUUGAAUGUAAUCUUGCAAAGAAUCACAUAACCGAGACUUUAGAAGGACUCACUGUUGUCUUACGGCUGGCUGCUCUGUGCACUGUGCACCGUUCAUCAGACUACAUGGAGUGCCAUGAUUUCAACUGCCAAGACGGAAGCAAGAAGAAUUCUCCAAUGGCCAUGACUUGGAUGCCUUUGGAUUUUUACUCAAAAGUGCUAAAGAGCUCUAGGAGUUUGUUAGAAUCUGUUCAGAAGUCUGAAUUGGAGGUGGUCAUUGAUAAAGUGGUGAAAAUUUAUGAUGCUUUGAUUUAUAUGCAAAUAAAACAUUCAUUUGAAGAUGAGAUUCUGGAAGAUUUGUGUGGAAUGCUCUCACUCCCGUGGCUUUCUUCCCUCUCUGAUGAUGACCCUGCAAAACUUCCUGCAUUUGCCUCUCCUCUUCUGAGACUAAGCCAGAGGGUUUCUGGCAGCUACUCACUUCCGGCACUGUCACGAUGUGUGUUUCUUUUGACUCUGUUUCCAAGAAGAAUAUUCCUGGAUUGGAGAACAGCAGUUUACAGCUGGGCCCUGCAGAGCUCCCAGGAAGCCAUCCGCGCCAGUUGUGUGAAUGGAUUUUUUAUCUUGUUGCAACAGCCGAGUUCCUGUGACACAGUUCCCCAGAUGCUUUUAGAUAAAGUCAAGGACGAUUCUGACAUGGUGAAGAAAGAAUUUGCUUCCAUACUUGGUCAGCUUGUCUGUACUCUCCAUGGCAUGUUCGAUCUGAGCAAUUCUUUAGUGGAACCUGACAUUGGGCACAGCCCUGUGGGCCUCUUCUGCAAGAAUGUGAAAGCUAUGUCUCAGAUGAAGUGUUCUUCUUUCCAGCUGAAGGCUUCCAUUUGCAAGCCAUUCCUAUUCCUCUUGAAAAAGCAAACACCUAGUCCUGUAAAACUUGCUUUCAUAGACAAUUUGCAUCAUCUGUGUAAGCACCUUGAUUUUCAGGAAGAUGAAACAGAUGUAAAAGUGGUUCUCGGGGCCUUUUUAAACUUAAUGGAGGAUCCAGACAAGAAUGUUCGAGUGGCGUUUAGUGGAAACAUUAAGCACAUACUGGAAUCCCUGAACUCUGAAGAUGGAUUUAUAAAAGAGCUUUUCGUCUUAAGAAUGAAGGACGCAUACACACACGCCCAAAUCUCACGCAAUAAUGAACUGAAGGAUACCUUGAUCCUUACAACAGGCGACAUCGGAAGAGCAGCGAAAGGAGAUCUGGUACCUUUUGCACUCUUACACUUGUUGCACUGUUUGUUAUCUAAGUCAGCAUCAGUAUCUGGAGCAGCAUACACAGAAAUUCGAGCUCUUGUUGCAGCUAAAAGUGUUAAGCUACAAAAUUUUUUCAGUCAGUAUAAGAAGCCCAUCUGUCAGUUCUUGGUGGAGACUCUCCACUCGAGUCAGAUGGCGGCACUCUCCGGUAGUAGCACCCUGUAUCAGACUGCCGAGAUGCGACUGCGAGAUGACGCUCACCACAGAGAAAUGGCCUUAAAUACCUUGUCUGAAAUCGCCAAUGUUUUUGACUUUCCUGACCUGAAUCGUUUCCUUAAUCGGACGUUGCAGGUUCUGCUCCCCGACCUUGCCGCCAAAGCCAGCCCAGCAGCGUCUGCCCUCAUUCGAACUUUAGGAAACCAGUUAAAUGUCAAUCGCAGAGAGAUUUUAAUCAAUAACUUCAAAUAUAUCUUUUCUCACUUGGUUUGUUCCUGUUCCAAAGAUGAAUUAGAACGUGCCCUUCAUUAUCUGAAGAAUGAAACGGAAAUUGAGCUGGGAAGUCUGCUGAGACAGGAUUUCCAAGGCCUGCACAAUGAGUUAUUGCUGCGCAUUGGAGAACAUUAUCAGCAGGUGUUCAACGGUCUGUCCAUCCUUGCCUCCUUUGCCUCCAGUGAUGACCCGUACCAGGGCCCGCGAGGCGCCAUGUCACCGGAACUCAUGGCUGAUUAUUUACAACCAAAGCUGCUAGGCAUUUUGGCGUUUUUUAAUAUGCAGUUACUGAGCUCUAGUGUUGGCAUCGAAGAUAAGAAAAUGGCCCUGAGCAGUUUGAUGUCUCUGAUGAAGUUGAUGGGACCCAAACAUGUCAGUUCUGUGAGGGUGAAAAUGAUGACCACACUGAGAACUGGCCUUCGAUUCAAGGACAGUUUUCCUGAACUGUGUUGCAGAGCGUGGGACUGCUUUGUUCGGUGCUUAGACCACGCCUACCUGGGCUCUCUUCUCAGUCAUGUGAUAGUAGCUCUGUUACCUCUCAUCCACAUCCAGCCUAAGGAAACUGCAGCUAUCUUUCACUAUCUUAUCAUUGACAACAGGGAUGCUGUGCAAGAUUUUCUUCAUGAAAUAUACUUUUUACCUGAUCAUCCUGAAUUACAGAAGAUAAAAGCAGUUCUCCAGGAAUACAGAAAGGAGACCUCUGAGAGUACUGAUCUUCAAACAUCACUCCAGCUGUCCAUGAAAGCAGUUCAACACGAAAAUGUAGAUGUUCGCAUUCACGCUCUUACAAGCUUGAAAGAAACCUUGUAUAAGAAUCAGGAAAAACUGAUCAAAUAUGCGACGAAUAGUGAAACAGUCGAGCCUGUUAUCUCCCAGCUGGUGACUGUGCUUUUGAAAGGUUGUCAGGAUGCCAACUCUCAAGCUCGCUUGCUCUGUGGUGAAUGUCUAGGGGAAUUGGGGGCAAUAGAUCCAGGUCGAUUAGAUUUUUCAACAACUGAAACCCAAGGAAAAGAUUUUACAUUUGUGACUGGAGUAGAAGAUUUAAACUUUGCCUAUGGAUUAUUGAUGGAACUGACAAGAGCUUACCUUGCAUAUGCAGAUAACAGCCGAGUCCAAGAUUCAGCAGCUUAUGCUAUUCAGGAACUGCUUUCUAUUUAUGACUGCAGAGAGAUGCAGAACCACAGCCGAGGCAACCAAUUAUGGAAGAUGUUUCCUGAGCAUGUUCGGGAAAUACUAGAACCUCAUCUCAAUACCCGGUAUAAGAGUUCUCAGAAGUCAACAGAUUGGUCUGAAGUAAAGAAGCCAAUUUACUUAAGUAAAUUAGGUAAUAACUUUGCAGACUGGUCGGCGUCUUGGGCAGGUUAUCUUAUCACAAAGGUCUAUGCAGAAAUCAUGGCAGUUUUGAAGCAUGAUGAUCAGCAGAGUGCCAGUGCCCAAGACCAUGCAUCCGACCUGUGUCAGCUGAGCAUACAGACCGUGUUCUCCAUGCUGGACCACCUCGCCCAGUGGGCCAGGCACAGAUUUCAGGAAAUGAACGCUGAGGAUGCUCCACAGAGCAAAUCGAGCAAAGAGAAGGCCAAACCAGUGGUAUCAAGCCCACAAGAGGGUGGCUAUCAGAGCGUGACUCGUUUUCUGGACCUCAUUCCUCAGGAUACUCUGGCAGUAGCUUCCUUUCGCUCCAAAGCAUACACACGAGCUGUAAUGCACUUUGAAUCAUUCAUUACAGAAAAAAAGCAAAAUAUUCGGGAGCAUCUUGGAUUUUUACAGAAAUUGUACGCUGCUAUGCAUGAAGCAGAUGGAGUGGCCGGCGUGAGUGCGAUUCGAAAGGCAGAGCCAUCUUUGAAAGAACAGAUCCUUGAACAUGAAAGCACCGGCUUGCUGAGGGAUGCCACGGCUUGCUAUGACCGAGCUAUUCAGCUAGAACCAGAUCAGAUCAUUCACUAUCAUGGGGUGGUGAAGUCCAUGCUAGGUCUUGGUCAGCUUUCUUCUGUAAUCACUCAAGUAAAUGGAGUACACGCCAGCAGGUCUGAAUGGAUUGAGGAAUUAAACACGUACAGAGUGGAAGCAGCGUGGAAGCUGUCACAGUGGGACUUGGUGGAGAACUAUCUUGCGGCAGAUAGAAAGUCUACAACAUGGAGUGUCAGACUAGGGCAGCUACUACUAUCAGCCAAGAAAAAAGAUGUCACAGCUUUUUAUGACACAUUGAAACUCGUGAGAGCAGAGCAGAUUGUACCACUGUCGGCUGCAAGCUUUGAAAGAGGCUCCUACCAGCGAGGAUAUGAAUACAUUGUGAGGUUGCACAUGUUGUGUGAGUUAGAGCAUGGCGUCAGACCUCUGUUUCACCAGUUUCCAGGUGAUGGGUGUCACGAGGACUCUCUCAACUGGGUGGCUCGUCUAGAGAUGACCCAGAAUUCCUACAGAGCCAAGGAGCCCAUCCUGGCCCUCCGGAGGGCUUUGCUGAGUCUCAACAAAAGACCAGAUUACAAUGAGAUGAUUGGAGAAUGCUGGCUACAGAGUGCCAGAGUGGCUCGAAAGGCUGGUCACCACCAGACAGCCUACAACGCUCUCCUCAAUGCCGGGGAGUCCAGACUCGCCGAACUCUACAUGGAAAAGGCCAAGUGGCUCUGGUCCAAGGGAGAUGUUCAUCAGGCACUUAUUGUUCUUCAAAAAGGUGUUGAUUUAUGUUUUCCUGAAGAUAAAUCCCAAACUGAGAGUAAGGACAUGUUGAUUCUUGGUCGAGCUACCCUACUUGUGGGCCGAUUUAUGGAAGAAACAGCUAACUUUGAGAGCAAUGCAGUUAUGAAAAAAUACAAGGAUGUGACCUUGUUCCUCCCAGAGUGGGAAGUUGGGCAUUUUUACCUUGCCAAGUACUAUGACAAACUGAUGCCCAUGGUAACAGACAACAAAAUGGAGAAGCAAGGCGACCUCAUCCGUUACAUAGUCAUUCACUUUGGAAAAUCUUUACAGUAUGGAAAUCAAUUCAUUUAUCAGUCAAUGCCCCGAAUGUUAUCACUAUGGCUUGAUUUUGGUGCUAAAGCAUACGAGUGUGAAAAAGGUAGCCGAGCUGAUCGCAUACAAAUGAAAAAUGACUUGACUAAAAUGAAUAAGGUUAUCACAGAACACAAGAAUCAGCUACCUCCCUAUCAAUUUUUGACUGCCUUUUCACAAUUGAUCUCUCGAAUCUGUCAUUCUUCAAAUGAAGUCUUUGUUGUCUUGAUGGAAAUAAUAGCCAAAGUUUUCUUGUCCUAUCCUCAGCAAGCAAUGUGGCUGAUAACAGCUGUGUCAAAGUCUUCUUAUCCCAUGCGUGUGAACAGAUGCAAGGAAAUUUUAAACAAAGCUAUCAAUAUGAAAAAGUCAUUAGAAAAGUUUGUUGGAGAUUCAACUCGCCUGACAGACAAGCUUCUGGAAUUGUGCAACAGACCGUUUGAUGUGAGUGUUUCCACAUUUAGCAUGAAUACUCACUUUAAAAUGCUGAAGAAGUUGGUGGAAGAUAUGACAUUCAGUGAAAUCCUCAUUCCUUUGCAAUCAGUCAUGAUACCUACACUUCCUUCCAUUCUGGGUGCUCAUGCCAACCAUGAUGCAUUUCCCGGGCAUUGGAUCUAUAUUACAGGCUUCGAUGAUACGGUGGAAAUUCUUCCUUCUCUUCAGAAACCAAAGAAAAUCUCUAUAAAAGGUUCAGAUGGAAAGUUGUAUAUCAUGAUGUGCAAGCCAAAAGAUGACCUGAGAAAGGACUGUAGACUAAUGGAAUUCAACUCUUUGAUUAACAAGAGCUUAAGAAAAGAUGCAGAGUCUCGCCGAAGAGAACUUCAUAUCCGAACCUAUGCGGUUAUUCCACUGAAUGACGAGAGCGGCAUUAUUGAAUGGGUGAACAACACUGCUGGCUUGAGGCCUAUUCUGACCAAACUCUAUAAGGAAAAGGGUGUGUAUAUGACAGGAAAGGAACUUCGCCAGUGUAUGCUACCCAAGUCAGCAUCAUUGUGUGAGAAACUGAAAAUAUACCAAGAAUUUCUCCUGCCCAAGCACUUUCCUAUUUUUCAUGAGUGGUUUCUGAGAACAUUUCCAGAUCCUACAUCAUGGUAUAGUAGCAGAUCCGCAUACUGCCGUUCAACCGCUGUGAUGUCUAUUGUUGGUUAUCUCCUGGGGCUUGGAGACAGGCAUGGUGAAAACAUUCUUUUUGAUUCUUUGACUGGCGAAUGUGUACAUGUGGAUUUCAACUGUCUUUUUAAUAAGGGAGAAACCUUUGAAUUUCCAGAGACUGUACCAUUUCGCCUCACUCAUAAUAUGGUUUAUGCAAUGGGUCCUAUGGGCACAGAGGGUCUUUUUCGAAGAGCCUGUGAAGUUACACUGCGGCUGAUACGCGAUCAGAGGGAGCCUUUAAUGAGUGUCUUAAAGACUUUUAUACAUGACCCUCUAGUGGAGUGGAGUAAACCACCAAAGGGACUUUCGAAAGGAUCCUUGAAUGAGACCGGGGAAGUGGUCAAUGAAAAGGCCAAGACCCAUGUUCUUGACAUUGAGCAGCGACUACAAGGUAUCAUCAAGAACCGAAACAGAGUGACAGGCCUGCCUCUGUCUAUCGAAGGACACGUGCAUUACCUCAUCCAGGAAGCUACUGAUAAAAACUUACUCUGCCAAAUGUAUCUUGGUUGGACCCCAUAUAUGUGAAAUGAAAUUCUUUCAACGAAUAUUUUAAUAAUCUAAAAUUAAAUGCACCAAUAAGUUAUAUCUAUUCAGUUCUAAAGCACAACAUAGGUUUUAUGUUCUCAGAAGAAUUGGUUUUAUUUGUCUGUUAACUAUAUUUAUAAUGGUGGUGUAUGUUCAGUCAUUAAAACUUUUUUCUUAGCA